UGAAUGUAUACGCUGGCAAUGCUGGUAAACAUUGGUGUAUAGUGGAGCGGGUCGCGCAGCAACUACAAACACGUGCCUCCUUGCUUUUACUAUCAGCUAAAUUUGUGCUCUCCUGUGUAUGUAAUGUCCUCUUCAUUAGAUGCCUUUCUCAGAAUGAGUAUGGAUACAUAGCUCGGUAAAGAAGAGCAGAGUUCUAGACGGUUGUGCGCAUAAACAAUCCUCAGAGAAGUCGAGGGUCGGAGAUGAUGGGAAAACACGGCGAACUGGAACAGAAGGGAAUAGUAUAUGUAAAAAAAUAUCUAGAAACAUAUACAAAUACGUUUGUUUUCCCAUAAAAUAACGUUUUACACGAUGAUUUAUGGGAAUAUGCCAACCAUAGAAUAACUAAAAAACUAAUCUAGACUGGGUGGCAUAUACAAAUAUAGAACAUUAGUAACGAAUCCAGUUAUCAAAUAAGACAGGAACCCAAAACUGGGUGUGGGAUUUCAGAAUAGUAUCAUUAAAAUAUACAGAAAACAAAGAUAUGUAAAAAAAAAAAAAACACGAAAUGUUUUCAAAGAUAAACGCGUAUCUUGGAAACCACGUCUUGCAUCUUGUGAAUAUUUGUGUCACAAUUAAUAAUCACCUAUCAAAUACAGGCCUAUGGCAAUUUGCAUCAGGGAAAAGUAAGUCCACAUAUGCAAUAUGGUAUGCAAGAGAAAAGUCGGGAAUUACAUAGUUCUGUUAGCUGAUGGAUAACUGUAAUGUUCGCGAUCGGGACAGGACGACAGGAUAAGAAGAUAUUUUAUUUGUCCGAUUUAAAAGAGAUUGGAGGAUUUUUCUGCUUCGUGGCAACACGCUACUUGCAUUUUCUUUUGAACUUAAAGACUGUCAUUAGAAGAAGGAAGAAUUUGUCACCAGAGGCGCUGUCUUGUUAGCCAUGUUAUACCUCACUUCACGUUUCGCCUACAAUGUUAUGACUUCGUUGGCUGUAGCCAUACUGCUCGGCGUGCUUUUUGUAUAUUUUGAACGCGAACUUUUACUCGAAGAACCCGAGCGAGUCUCGACCGGCACCGCGGAAUCACCGCGAGACGCACGCGAGAGUAGCAGAAGGCGAAGUUUAUUGUUGUUUGGACAUGACCGUUCGGGAACCACGCUGCUAAGCAAGAUGUUUGACUCCGACUCCCGAGUCUUUGGGAUGUAUGAGCCGUUUUGGACGACUCAUUAUGACAUGGUGAGGCAGACGUUCGACGAAAAAGUUCGCCUCGCAAGGGAUGUACUCACAGGUUUUUUGUCUUGCAAUUUCUCCGCCAGCGAAAAUGGCGUGGAUUUUCUACGCAAGUUUCGCUUCAGGCUUGACGAAGGCCGCAGCGAAAGCCAUGCUUUGACUUCGAAACAUUUUUGCAAAGGGACAGAUGAAUGCAUGGAUUUGUCCUUACAUCCAAACUACACAGACUGGGUGUGUCGAAAUCGAUACAAAUACAGCGUGGUAAAAAUAGCUACCCCAAGAAUCCCCGAUACCCGGAUAGCGGGGAUUUUACCUCGACUCUUCGAGGAAAACCCGCACACGGAUAUCAAGGUAGUCCACAUCGUAAGAGAUCCGCGAGGGAAUGUUCACUCUAGAAUUAAAAUUGAAUGGCUCAGAGAUCACCCCGAUCCCAGGUUCGAAAACAGUGUUAAGCAACUAUGUGACGAGGUCACGCCCAAUGUGCAGCAUCUUAACUCCCUUCUCCCCAAAUACGGGGACAGGAUAAUGAUUAUUAGAUAUAAGGAAAUUGCCGACGACCCAGUAGGAAUCGCCAAGAGGCUGUACAAAUUUGCGGGGUUUGAGAUAUCCGAUGAAGUCCUGGACUGGGUCAAGAGGAGUACCACGCCCAGUAAAAAGACGCUGGAAAAGGAAAUUGGGCACCCGUACUCGCAUGUACGGAACGCGACAGGGAACGCGGAAAGGUGGAGGAAGGAGUCACCGAUAGAGCGUGUGCGUGUGAUCGAGAGAGUGUGUGAGCCGCUCAUGCGAAUACUAGGGCUGGAGAAAAUGGAGACACAGGAAAUAAACUGAAUUGAGAUAGAACCUACUUGAAGCUACCAAGAUAAGUAGCGCAAAUGGUUAAACAGAAAAACACAUUAACGGUAGGGGAGGGUAAUUACAGGAUAAUGCGAAUGACUCAAAAUUAAGAUUAAGGUUUUGAUAAAUUUUAAGAAACAAAGGGUUCAUAAGAAGUGUAUUGUCAAAAAACACAAACGAGAACACAGAAAUACGAACAUAUUACAAAACUUAUAAUAAAAUAAUAAUAAAAGCCAUUCUUCAAGACAAA